UUCAAUUGCAUACUACUUCAGAACGGUAGCGUUGUUUGGUAGGAGCAAAAGUUCGGUGUUUUCCUUUUCGUAUUUUCUUUUAAAAAAUAGUUAAACUUAGCACCAUGGCUGCGACAAUGCCAAUAAAUCCUAAACCAUUUUUAAAUGGUUUAACCGGCAAACCUGUUAUGGUGAAACUAAAGUGGGGCCAUGAAUAUAAAGGUUAUCUCGUAUCUGUUGAUGGAUAUAUGAAUUUACAAUUAGCUAAUACAGAAGAACACAUAGAUGGAAAUUGUACUGGUAAUCUUGGCGAAGUUUUAAUCAGGUGUAAUAAUGUAAUGUAUAUCAGAGGUGUUGAAGAAGAAGACGAGGAAGGAGAAAUGAAGGAUUAGUUGUGAAAUGUGUACAUACUAAUUUAGGUUAAUACUUUUUUACUAUUAAGAUAAAACGAUGGGACAAUACUAAUAAAAAAUUUUCUCCGUGAAACAAUA